UACUCGGGACAGGACUACUCAGUUGCCAUCUGUCUGCAGAAACGAAUCACAGUCCGCUCAAUUGUGCUUCACAAUGAUUUGGAUACUUUCUCUACUUGUAGUUCUGAUUCCUGUUUUAACUGUCGACGCGUGGGGGAAGUACAAUGCCCUUGACCAGAAGCAAAUAACGGAGUAUGUGACCAAACUCUGUACGAAAAGUGGCGCUGAAGAUAAAGUUCCACAAGUUCUGGAUGCAAUCGAAAACUUCGAGAAAUGUUCCGUAAGCCUGUUCAAGGACGAGGUCCUGUUGGAGGAGGUGGCGACCGCCAUUCGCAGCAAUGACCUCAAUGGGGUCUUCAAAAAGUACUGCGCACGCACAGGGCGCUUGGCAGCGUGCACUUACUCUCUGAUCGACAGCGUAGGGCUGUGCGUAGCCGGCGCCGACCUGCCCGCCGCGCACAACUUUAUCGACCAGCUGCUCGGCUUCGUCUGCCACAACGACGGCGAGAGGAUCGCACUGUUCAUUCAAGAAGGCGGUCCUCAGUGCUUCCAGCAGAACGUGGGCGCCCUCAACGGCUGCACCGCGAAAGUGUUGAACGAGAUCGACGGCGUGCAACCGGUUAAAGAACUCUGCACGAAGUUCGACGAGCUAUCAAAAUGCCUGGUGGAGACGGUGAGCAAGUGCUCGCCCGCCGCGCCGGCCGACAUGAUGCGCGCGCUGCUCGCGCAAGUGCGCCAGACCACGCCCUGCUCCGCCGACGACGAUACCUUCCGCACCUACAUGCGGUGGCUGCAGGACCAGCAUUAAAAUACUCGCCACGCCUCGGCUAUGAAACGCAUGCGCACGCGUGCACAAAACAAUAACUCGUCGGCCACAGAACGCACGCUUGUGCGUGUCCGCUCAACUUUGACGCCGACCAUCUUACAUUGGUUAAAACAAAUGUGUGACGUUCGUCGGCGUCGAGCGUAUACGCUUGGAGCAAAGAGAAUAGAGUGUAUAGAGGGUUAUUGUCAUAGUAAAUUUUGUAGUACCAGUAAACUUACUGCCAUAUUUCGAAGCAGGAUUAACUAAAACUAAAAAUGAAUAAAAUAUUUAAAAAAUAUAUACAUAUACAGGGUGACCUUAGCCAUUGGAUGAACCCUGAAAUCCCACGUAGGGUUAUUUCUCAGGAAUGCUCUAACGCUAAUCUUUUUUUAAUACAGAACAAAAGAUAAAAAAAUUAAAUUUCAAACAAAAAUUAAUUCCAAUGAUCGACAACAAAAAGAAACGUACUGUAUUAAUCAUUGGCAGUGUUUUUGACAACUUGUUCGAAAAUGUGCGGCAAUGAUGACAUUUGUCAAGUCAGAAGAAUCUUAUUAAUGUCAUAAAUAAAAAAGAUAAUCAAUAAGGUCGAAGAAGGUUUCAUACUAUUUAUUACCUCAGGCUGCUCCAAAGUAAAAAUCGUAAUUUGUUAAUUUCUUCGUAACCGCUGCACCGGCUGUUAUGAUACUUGGUAUUACUGAUUCUAAAUACCCUAAUGCAUUUGUACAUUUCGGCUUUGUCCAAUGGCUAAGGACACCCUGUAUAUAUUAAAUGAUUUUUUUUAGUUUAAAAUGUGUUUAAUUUUUUUUAGAACGCCUUAUGUCUUUAACCCAUGUUCUUUCACUGAUAUGUGUUAAAAUUGUUAAAUAUCAAACGGUGUCGCCAUCUACACGAGUAUAGGCCAAAGGUAUGGCGUAGGGUGGUCCAUGUUUGUAUGGAAUAAAAACAAAAUAUUUGCACUCUUUUCUUUCCAUAGGGCUAAGCAUGGAUAUCAGGAGUCGUAGCACGGUACGCUUAUCACCAUGCCUGUCACGUUCUAACAAGUAUGUGAGUGCGAAAGUGACGGACUUAGUGAUAGGGGAAACCAUGCUGCGCGGGCUGGAGUAUUAAGUAACUGACUCGUUAGCUGUUAGUGAUUAAGUAGGUAGUACAAUUUGACAUGCCUAGUUAUUAAAUCACAUUUACAAUCGGGUCUAUCGCGAAUUUAUUUUGUUACCCCGAAAGUUUUAAAUGUUAUAUAUGCUUAGUUAUUCUAGUUAUGCCUAUUAUCUGAGAAUUGUGUAUUUUUAUUUAUUUAGUGAAUUACAUAAACACAUAUAUAUACCUCGUAUCGUAUCAGGAUCCAAAACUCUUGUGUUGAAUUUUCUUUUCCCCUCACUACCUCGGAAAGCCGUCUUUUAUCGUUUAAAACAAGCGGGGAAAAACGCAUUUUGU